CAGCAUCUAUCGAUAUCGGACGCUGCUGUUGUGGGAGUUGUCCAAUUUGUGUUGUUGCCUUUAUACGCACAUAUUUUCUAAGUUUAUUUACCAAUUUGUUAUUGCGUUUUCCUGACUUAGCUUGCAAAACUGCGAGCUGCAUCAUGAAAUCAUGGGAAAUAGCUGUGCUGCUGCUAGCGGCCGUGUAUCUGUGCAGUCAAGUUGAUUUUGUGCAGGGACUCGAGUGCUAUGUCUGCUCCAACCAGACGGGCAACACAGAGAAGUGCCUCAACACGAUCAAGACCUGCGAGCCGUUUGAGAACGUCUGCGGCACUGAAAUACGCUGGGGCAGCCAGCCCUACUUCUCCGAGGGCGCUCUCAAGCAAUACUACGUCUCCAAGCGAUGCAUGACCAAGGAGCAAUGCCAGUCGAAGCGCCGACGCUACAUGCAAAUGUAUUGCACACACAUCUGGUACGAGGACUGGGCGUGCAACGAGUGCUGCCAGGGCGACAGGUGCAACUACUUCAUUAUCAGCGGAGCGACGGGUCAACAGAGUCACAUGCUUAAGUUCUUAGCUCUGCUACUGGGCCUGGGACUGUUCAUAAGACGCUGCAUCAUGCCCUAGAGCUCAAAUGAAGCUAGUUUCCAACUUUUUCUUCUACGCACAUUCACAUUCCAAGGAAGCAAGGAAUCGUAAUUGUAAUUAUAAUUGUAAAACCUUCUCAUUUUGUCCACUAGUUAGUAGUUACCACUGUAUACCGUCCAUUGUAUGUACAUUUUGUAUGUAGCUAACAAGCUCAAAGUGCCUUCACUCUCUCAGUUUUAUUUUGAUAUAUCUAAGGCUUGUUAAAGUUUAUAGUUUAUAUUUAAGAUUGCAAAUUAUAUCUAAUUAUGUGCAGUGUAAGCUACUAGCACAAUUCGUAAGUAGGCUUAAGCUGGUUUUUAUGCUGCUGCUAUAAUCUUUGCAAUCUCGAACUUUUUACUAAAACUUUAACUUGUCCUUAUUAGUUUUUAGUCCACGAACUCGAAUCAUACGAAAUUCUCGAAGAUUUUUAACACAAACCUCUUUUGGGUAACGAUUUUUGAAAUAGAUAAACGUACAAAACAGCUAAAAA